UCACGUCUUCAUCAUCAUGCAAAGAACUAAACCUCCAAGCAAGGUUAGUGGAUCAAAGUGUCCACCUUCAUCUUCUGCUCCACCAACUCGUACGCCUCUUCCUCUGCCUCGAACUUCCAUCAGUGGUCCAACAGUGAGGAGUUCUUCACUGACCAACAUGAUCUCCAAAAGUACUCUGAUCCGAUCAGGAAAUCCAUCAGUUUACCAGCUAAGAACAAAGAAAGAAAAAUCUGCUACAAUGAUUAGAGUGACUGUCGGCGAAAGAAAUGCACGCAAGACAAAUAAAACCAUCUUACUGGUUGGUGAAACAGGAGCAGGAAAGUCCAUGCUGAUCAAUGCACUGGUCAACUUCACCAUGGGAGUGAAGUUUCAGGACAAUGUCUGGUUUCAGAUCAAGGAGGAGGUGGACCAGGAAACAUCUGAGGUGACUGUGUAUGAAAUAUUUGGCUUUGAAGGUAAAACCCUGUCCUGCUCUCUGACCAUCAUCGAUACUCCAGGGUUUGGCAGCACUAGAGGGAUCGAACAUGAUGUCAACAUCAGCCAGACAUUAUUGCAGUUGUUUCAAUCAGGAGACAACAUUAAUGAACUUCAUGGAGUGGGUUUGGUGAUGAAAGCCAGUGAUAAUCGACUGAGUGACCGACUGAUGUACAUCUUGAAUUCAGUCAUGUCAUUGUUUGGAAAAAACAUAGAAAACCACAUUGUGGCUCUCAUCACCCACUCAAACGGAAGAACACCGAAGAACGUCCUUGAAGCCCUUGAGGUUUCCACCAUUAAAUGUGCCAAAAAUGAGAAGAAGCAGCCGGUCUACUUCCUGUUUAAUAACUGCCAGAACGAAGACCGGAACGAAGAAGCAGAAUUUCUGGAAGGUGCAAAUAAGAUAACAGAGAGAGGAAUGACAGAGUUUGCCGCCUUUCUGGAAAAAUCUCCAUCUCAGAAACUUAGGAAAACUGUUGAUGUCAUAAAAGAACGCACCAAACUUACUGCCUGCAUCCAAAACCUGCAGCAAAGAAUAACUGAGACUGAAGAGAAACAGAAGGAAAUCAGACAAACUCUAGAUAAACUCAUGAAAUAUAAAGAAGAGAUGAAAAAUAAUGAAGAUUUUGAUUUAGAAAUAGACGAGCUCUACAAAGUCAAAGAACCCAUCAAAACUGGUGUUUUCGAAGGUGCUAUGUGCUGUACUCGCUGUGAGGAGAACUGUCACUAUCCUGGAUGCACAUUGGCCCCGAGUCCCGCCUUCUGUGAUGUCAUCAAAGAGGGCCACUGCAUCGUCUGCAGUGGGAAGUGUCCCACAUCUGCUCAUGUAAAAGAAAAGUGGAUAUACGUGACCAAGACAAGAAGAGUUCAGACCACUCUGAAAGAAAUUAAGCAAAAGUAUGAAAACAGUAAAACUAAUAGGGAGAAAAACUUGAGUUAUUUAGAAAGUCUGAACACCGAAAUGAAAGAUCUGAAAGCAGUAAAAUCUGAGCUGCUGAAUGAGUCCUACAACCAUAUCGUCAAACUGGAGAGGAUUGCUCUGAAAGCUGAUUCAGCAUCUACUUUAGUCCACUUGGACUUCCUGAUUGAGAAGAUGAAAGAAACAGGAGACACUGAGAAGGUUAAGAAACUUGAGAAAAUGAAAGAAAAUGUGAACGAAGGAAGCAAAGCAGCUUUACAAUAUCAACAUACUUCUGCAUCUCACCUUAAGAUGCAAUAAUAAGCUCAUUAUUGUGAAUUAUCAAUUGAGAACGAUGUUUCCAUAAAAACGAAUUCAUUAUAUGAAAACAAAUAUUUGGUGACGGGAAAAUCUGCAUGUUUUAUUGAAUGAUUCUUCAUUGAACAUGUAAAACAUUAAAUGAACAAUUUAGGCCUGGUUCAUAAAAAACACUAUGAAAACAUGUACUUAUAAUUCAUGGUAGAGGUUAUUAUAUAAAUAAACAUGUCUUAGAUUUGAAUUGUUCAUUUAACCAGAGACAGGUGGAGGGCAGUUUAGCUCUGAUGUUUUAGUUAGAAAACUUUUCUUUCCUCUCAGUCUUCACAUAAAUCCUUUAAAGGAGCAAUAAGUGAUAUUUCACCACUAGGUGGAGGUUAAGCACUUUCUGUAGACCAAAACAAAAUGUGUGACAAGCCACAAUUUUCUACCUUCACUGCAGCUGCAACCCAGGCCUUCCUUACCCUUGUAAUGCGCUGCCCUUGUAAGAACAGCAUGUCCUUUCAGAGGAACGUGUCUAGUGAAAAAGUAACUCAGAAUUUUUAUAAUGCUGUUAGCAAGAGAACAUUUUGACCUGCUAAGGGUGCUCUCCACCAUUUUGCUCCAACACUGACGGUGGCAUUUUAGAGUAUGGAGGGGCUAAGCCAUCAGAGGCAGCUGUUCAUGUGCACGUACACAUGAGCGGCCAGUCCAUCUAUGUAAACAUGAGACUGGAAAACUACACAAACAGAUGCAGUGUGAUGUCAAACCAUAGUCCAUUGGAAUUAUUAUAUUUAGUUCUUCACAUCAUUGAUUUUUUUUUUUUUUUGUUCUUUCUGUCUAAAAUAAUGAAAUUUUACUCAUUGCUCCCUUAACUAACAGAAAUAAAAAGACAAUGAAACACUAACAUAAAACUUGUAUGUUAAUGUUACCAAGUUAUCUAAGGUAGUAGUUAUGGAUGUGCCCAGGCUGUAUUUACAGAAAUUAUGAUGAUUAUUUCAACAAGUAAACAAUAAUGGAUUGUUGUACUGCUUAAACAAUAAUUUGAUUAAACAAACCUUGAA